AUGGCUAAUAAAUCACCAUCCCCGAUGUUCAAACCAGCUCUGAUCCUCCACGGUGGGGCCGGCGACAUCCACCGCUCUAAACUCCCCCCGGACCUCUACGAGAAAUACCACGCCUCGUUACUAUCCUACCUCCGCUCGACGAAAGACCUCUUAUACGAUGGUGCGACCGCCCUAGACGCAGCCACUCACGCCGUCUCACUAAUGGAAGACGAUGAACUAUUCAACUGCGGCCGCGGAAGCGUUUUUACCUCCGCGGGGACGAUUGAGAUGGAAGCUUCGGUUAUGAUGACAUCUGUUCGUCGCGACGAUGAAGAUAAACAGGAAAAUAUAAAAAGAGGAGCGGGGGUGGUGGGUCUGCGGAACGUGAGACAUCCUAUUCGUCUUGCGAGGGAGUCGUUACUUCGCACGGGCUAUGAUACAGACGGCAAGCCGAAUGGCGAUGGGGGGAGUAUGCAUAUGCAGCUUGUGGCACCAUAUGUGGAGGAAAGGGCGAGUGAGUGGGGAUUAGAGAUCAUGCCUGAUGAGUGGUUUUGGACGGAGAAGAGGUGGGAGGAGCAUCGGAGGGGAUUGGAGGGGAAGGAGGAGAAGGAGGGUGAAAGUGAAGAGGAUCAGGAACUCAUAUCCAUGAGCCAAGGGACAGUUGGUUGCGUAUGUCUUGAUCAAUGGGGAAAUCUGGCUGUUGCGACGAGUACCGGAGGGCUCACGAAUAAAUGGCCUGGUAGGAUUGGUGAUACACCGACUAUGGGUUCCGGGUUUUGGGCAGAGGCUUGGGAUGUUAAUUAUCCAUCAUCUUCUCCAGAGGAUGAGGAAGAGGAUGCCCCGGACGAACAGGAAGCAUUGAUAUCUCCAACAUCGCCAAGUUCCCCGACCUGGGGCUUCAAAAACAUCCGCUCUCUAUUCUCAGAAUGCACGCCGUCGUUCAUCAACAAAAGAAACAGUGCAUAUACAUCUAUCCCGGCAGCCAACCCCGAUAGCCAACAGACCCCUGACGACGAUGAGAAGGGCUAUUCAGACCAGGUUGAGCCACACGCUCGCACCACCAGACGAGCAGUAGCCCUCUCCGGCACAGGAAAUGGCGACUCCUUCCUUCGCAUUGCAGCAGCGCGCACAGCCAGCGCCAUGGCUCGCUUUUCACCGCCUGCUUCUUCAACUACCCUUGCUCAAGCUGUCACGGCCAUUGCAGGACCGGGUGGCGAAUUGCAAUCAUCUGCCGGAAAGCGAUGGGGCACAACUCGCGAGGGAGAAGGCGGAAUCAUCGGGAUUGAGGCGGAAGCGGAAGUCGAUGCAGAAAGCCGAGGGCACAAACUACGACAUGGAAAGGUUGUGUUUGAUUUCAAUUGUGGAGGGAUGUGGAGAGCUUGGGUUGAGGAGGAUGAAUAUGCGGGUGAGACUGAGAGGGUAAUGGUUUUCAGGGAUGAAUAUCGUUGA